GCCAGAACACACACUGAUCUGGAGGGAGUGAGAGCGUGAAUGCUCAGUGUCAUGCUGCUCUAGUAAAGGUGAAUCUCACCAGGCCAAUGGAAGCCCAACUCAAGAAAUUACGACAAAUGCUGGAGAAAGAAUGCCAGCUCAACCAGGAACUCCAGAACAAGAACAAAGUGCUGGAGAGACAGCUUGAACAGAAAGAGAGACUGUUGCAGGUGCUGCAAGGACAACUGGAUUGUGCACCUCAACAAAACAGUAAUGAAAUGCCUGAGGUUCGACAGAGUCGGGCAGCUGUCAUGGCUCCGGAGCGAAUACCAGAAGUCCUGGAAAUCACUGCCAACAGAGUCAUUAAAACUGCCAGUGAGAAGGCUCGGAUCGUGAAGGCCAUUCAUAAGAAUGACUUCCUCCGUCGUCUGGAUGAGGAGCAGAUCAGUAUGAUGGUCGAUCUGAUGAAGGUUCUGGACUGUCGGUCUGGUGAGGACAUCAUCCGAGAGGGCACAGAGGGAGACAGCCUGUACAUUGUCGCUGAGGGGGAGCUGAAGGUUACUCAGGCUGGACGUGAUCUGCGAACUGUGAGCUCCGGCGAUGUGUUUGGGGAACUGGCCAUUCUAUACAACUGCAAACGCACAGCAUCUGUUAAAGCCAUCACUACGGUGAAGUUAUGGUGUAUUGAGAGACAAACGUAUCGAAGCAUCAUGACCAACAAAUCCAAGAAGAAAAGAGAGCAAAUCAUGGGCUUCCUGAAAACGGCUCGCACUUUGAAAGCCCUGAAAGAUGUGCAGCUGUCAAAGAUCAUUGAUUCCAUGGAGGAAGUGAAGUUUCAGAACAAUGAAGUGAUUGUCCGAGAGGGAACAGAGGGCAAUACGUUUUACAUCAUUCUCAAAGGAGAGGUAUUAGUGACGAAAAAAGUGAACGAACAGCAGAAAAUCAUUCGUAAGAUGGGUGAGGGGGAACAUUUUGGAGAACUGGCUCUAAUACGAGAGAUCCUCAGGACAGCCACAUGCACAGCGGUGGGAGCUGUCACGUGCUUUUCCAUUGAUAAAGAGGUUUUUGAGGAGACCAUUCCUUUUGAAAGCCUUGAGCUGCACGAUGAAAAUCAAUUCUUGCAAAAAAAUGAUUCACAAGCAGAGAGGAUUUCUUCACUAGUCAGUGUUGACUUACUGGAGGAUGAUGUAAAGCCAGAGAAAGUUGGGCCAGAAACAUCUCUAAAGCCGAAAGAUCUCGUCCCUGUACUGUACCAGGAGGGAAGUUAUCAAGGAGAGCCUGUCACUCUUGGAGUCGGGGGGUUUGGAAAAGUGGAGCUGGUAACUACCUUGCAGCACAGAACGUACUUUGCUAUGAAGAAGAUCAGCAAACAGCAUGUUGUUGCAAAGAAGCAGGAAGCACACAUUCUCCUAGAAAAGAAAAUUCUCCAGGCAAUCCAAUGUGACUUCAUUGUCAGGCUGCAUGCUGCCUUCAAAGAUUCUCGCUACGUCUAUAUGAUCAUGGAGUUUUGUCCUGGUGGGGAAAUCUGGACCAAGCUGAAAGAGGCAGGGCGCUUCCAGGAGAAUAUAGCCAUGUUCAUAACAGCGUGUGUGGUUGAAGCCUUUGCAUACCUCCAUAACAAAGGGAUCCUGUAUCGAGACCUGAAACCAGAAAACCUCAUGCUGGACUCCAAAGGAUAUGUGAAAUUGGUUGAUUUUGGUUUUGCAAAAGAGCUUUCUCGGGGUGAAAAGACAUAUUCAUUUUGCGGCACUCCUGAGUACAUCCCUCCAGAGAUCAUUCAGAACCAGGGCCAUGACUUUGCUGUUGACUUCUGGUCACUUGGUGUUCUAAUCUAUGAGCUACUUGUGGGCAGUCCACCAUUCUCCAGUUCAGACCCACAGAAGAUCUAUGCCAAGAUCUUGGAUGGUGUGCUGAAUUUCCCGUCAUAUAUGGGGGAAGGUGCCAAAUCUCUCAUCAGUAAAUUGUGCAGAUCACGUCCGGGCCAACGUCUGGGCAAUACAAAAAAUGGGAUCAAAGAUGUCCGAAAUCACAGGUGGUUUAACAGCAUUAACUGGCAUAAAUUAAGAAUGGGGCAGCUGGAGGCACCAACUAUUCGACUCAUAAGAAAGGGUCCUUGCUAUAUAAACUUUGACCGCUUUCCCUAUGAUAAGACCCAAGCAGAGGAGGAAUUUUCAGGCUGGGACUGUGAUUUCUGAACAGUCUUGGGGUCUCUGAUAUCUAUAAGAUAUCGUCACUUCCCAAGUUAUUUACUCAGAAAUAUACUCCGUUUGAUAAACUUACCUACUUACCUUACACUUAACUAUCUUAAGGGAAAAUAAGCUAAUUUUGUGACUUUCACAGAGAGUAAGUAAAAAUGACUUCAAUAAAAACUCAAUAAUUGCCUACUUCAUGCCUAUUUUUAUGCCUAGCAUUUUAAUGAGCAGAAAUAUUAAUAUAUUAAUGUUACAUAUGGCUGGAUGUUCAGACUUUUAUUUUGUAUAGUUUUUGCUGCAACCCGAUGAAUGCUAUGUAUAUUUAAUUCAAUUGAACUAUUACUAUUUGAUAAUGAAUGUAAUUGUGGUUUUGUACUAUUAUUGUUGAGGCAUUAUAUUAAAGAAUUAUAGUUAAACAUCAA